AAAAGUGGUCCAAAACUCCAAAUCAAACAACUAGCAAAUGGAAUAAAAAGCCGCAAAUACUGCUACGACAAUUGAAAAAAAAUGGAGUUAGAAUGUGUGAAGAAGAUGUUAGAGAAAGGAAUGGAAAGAGCAUCAGUUGUAGAUGGAUUGCCAUGGAAGUUCAUAGAACAUUUGUGUAUGAAUGGCCUCCAAAUUCAUCUCAUGGAGCCUGCCCAUGUGCUUUGCUCCAUGAACAUAACGCCACGUUUACUCAAUUCUAACAACUCUUUUCACGGUGGCGCCGCCGCUUUGCUGGUGGAUGUGGUGGGCGCAGCAGUAAUUCCAUCCCCCAUGACUUCCGGAGUUUCUGUUGAGAUCAAUGUUUCAUACUUUGAUGCUGCCUAUCUCCAUGAGGAGAUUGAAAUCGAUGCAAGGCUUCUACGUUUCGGAAAGGCUGUAGCUGUUGUUAGUGUGGAGUUUAGAAAGAAAAAGAGUGGCAAAAUUUUUGCUCAAGGUCGACACACCAAAUAUCUUGCCCUUGCCAGGUCGUUCUACAGUACAGAUGCAAGUUGGUACAGAUAUACAGAUAUUCUUUUUGGUUCACUAUUAGAUCGACAGAUAGAAAUUGGUGUCAGGGCUUGUCUGGGUGAUGGUGGCUGUGGCUUGAGUCAAGCCUAUCCAUUGCUAGUGUUAGUUGGUGGAUUUCUGGAUUGGGUUGUGGCAGCAUUGGAUUGGAUGUUCUAAAUAAUGAAUUGGACCUCAAAUGUUUGGAUUUUGUUAAUAGAAAAAAAAAAAGAGAAAG